AUGGUACAUGGACCAUGUGGAUCAAUUAAUUAUCAAUCAGUGUGUAUGAAAGAUGGUCGGUGUACUAAACGUUUUCCUAAAACAUAUGUAAUUGAAACGAUAACUAAUGAAGAUGGAUAUCCAACUUAUAAGCGGAGAUCACCAGAAAUGGGCGGAGCUGUUGCUAUAAUAAAAGUUAAUGGAGAUAAUAUUGAAGUAGAUAAUCGUUGGGUAGUUCCUUACUCUCCUGUAUUGUUGCGGACGUUUGAUUGUCAUAUAAAUGUAGAGUAUUGCGGUAGUGUUAAGUCUAUUAAAUAUAUAUGCAAAUAUAUGAAUAAAGGAAGUGAUAAAGCAACAUUUGGAUUAAAAGAUGAAAAUGAUGAAAUUACUAGGUACCAGUCGGGAAGAUAUAUCAGUACAUCUGAGGCAGUAUGGCGUAUAUUAUCUUUUCCUAUUCAUGAAAGGUUUCCACCAGUGGUUCAUUUAGAUGUUCAUUUAGAAAAUGGCCAAAGAAUUUAUUUUAAUCCCGUCAAUUUAAAUAAUCAAAUUGAAAAUCCAAGAAAUACUACAUUGAUGGCAUUUUUUAAGUUAUGUCAGGAGGACGACUUUGCUAAAACACUUCUAUAUGAUGAGAUUCCUUUAUAUUAUAUAUUCGACAAACAAAAUAAAAUAUUUAAUAAGCGAAAGAGAGGACGUAAAGUUGAUGAUUAUGUAGAUAUUUAUAAAGAAAACGUAAUUGGACGAGUAUAUACUAUACAUCCCAGUAAUACAGAAUGUUUUUAUUUGCGUUUAUUGCUUCAUAAUAUUCGAGGUCCAGUAUCCUUUGAAGCCUUAAAAACAAUUGAUAAUAUUAUCCAUCCAACUUACCAAUCAGCAUGCAAAGCUUUAAAUCUAAUUGAAGAUGACUCACACUGGGAUGAAACACUAAAAGAAGCAAGCUUAACUGAUAGCCCUCAAAAAAUUAGGUAG